AUGUACUACCCGCAUUCUGGUGUCCUGAUGGCUAAACCCGGAACUAAACAAAACAGCAAGGUCGAGGUGAUGUCACUGUGCACUGUCGAGCAAUUGGAUCAGUCAGAAGCGACGGGUGAGAAGGUGACUCAUCGUUGUGUGUUCAUGUACACAAGUGCAUGCAAGCGUGGAGCGAUUCUGUUCGGAAUGAGUGUGUGGGGGGAGGUGACCACUUUCAAUAAAGUUGGCGACACGGUACUCUCUGACCGAUGCGGGUCGCAAACAUUGCCUGACAAAUUUGGAAGAAUACCGGUCAGCGAUGAUGAAUAUUACAUGUGA